UGAAGUAUAAUAUUUAUUGAUAUAUAAGAAAGCUAAGUGCUAACAACGAGGAAGAGUCAACUAAUACUCUUCAGAUCCCUCCUCUUUUGCUGACGAAUUGUAUAUUGUUAAUUUCUCAAUGUUAAUCCUAAUCUGCUUGCAUAACUGAGCAACUCCGCUAUCAACUUGCAGUCACACUAGCCAUGCCCAACUCAAGCUCAACUUCUUCUUCUUCUGCAAGAACUGUUUCCAGUUCUUGGCCUAUCCCUCUUUUCAUCUCAGUGUUAAUACCAGUUAUUCUAGGAGUAGUUGUUUACCAGCUCGAGUCCAUCGAACCGGUUUCUUAUCCAACCCAUGUACUCUCUACCGACCCACCCAUGGUCGUAUCAAAGCGCAACAAUCAGAUGCUCCGCGGCUCAGAAAAGAUCGGAGUUGACCAGCUAUUGUCACCUGAAGACGUAGCUUACGAUCCAAAUUCGGGAGUUAUAUACACUGGCUGUGUUGACGGGUGGGUUAAACGAGUGACAGUUAAUGAAUCAGUGGGGGAUUCGAGGGUGGAGGACUGGGUUUUCACCGGCGGCAGACCACUUGGAGUUGCAUUAGGACAUUAUGGCGAAGUUAUCGUAGCCGAUGCUGACAAGGGCUUACUACUCAACAUUACUUCAGAGGGUGAAAUUAAAGUGCUAACGGAGGAAGCUGAAGGUCUGAAACUCAAACUAGCAGAUGCUGUAGAUAUUGCAGAGAAUGGCAUGAUAUACUUCUCAGAUGCUUCCUACAAAUACAAAUUCAAGGACUACAUUUAUGAUUUUAUUGAAGGCAGACCUAACGGCAGAUUGUUAAGUUAUGAUCCAUUAACUAAACAGACCAAAACGCUACUGCGCGACCUGUAUUUUGCUAAUGGCGUUGCGGUCUCUCCAGAUCAAAACUUUGUUAUUUUCUGUGAAACCCCUUUGAGGAGAUGCAAGAAAUACUACAUAAAAGGUGAAAGAACAGGAUCUGUGGAUGUGUUUGUUGAGAAUUUGCCUGGAUAUCCUGAUAACAUUCGUUACGAUGGUGAUGGUCAUUAUUGGAUUGCAUUUGCCACAGCGAAGACGUAUUCAUGGGACUUGGCACAAAGAUACCCAUUCAUCAGAAAGAUAAUAGCUAUAAUGGUGAAGUAUGUUGGUCAACCUCAUGCAGAGAAAAAUGGUGGUGUUGUAUCUAUUGAUUUACGAGGAAAUCCAGUCGAACACUAUUUUGAUCGGGACUUGACUACGGUGUCAAGCGCCACAAAGAUUGGUGACUAUUUGUACUGUGGUUCUGUAAAGUCUCCUUACAUGCUUCGCCUCAAUCUGAAACAAAAUCCUGCAGUUCAUACUUCAUAAAACACGAUGUUUUUUAAGGCUGCAACCACCAAAUAGACAAACUACAUAAGACCUGUUGUAAAAGGUUGUUUUUCAGCUCCAUACUUUAAUAGAAUGUUUACCAGUUUAUGAGUUUUCUCUGCUAAUAAUAAUUGAUGAGAUUUCUUGGAGUUUA